AAAAAAUGAGAAUGGUUAUGUUUAUAAAAUGAUAUUAGCCGGAUAUUAUAUGAUAGGAAUUAAAGAGAAUAAUUCUAUUCCUAUAAAAUUGAUCCCAGAAGCUGAAAAAUGGUAUAAAGAAGCUGUAAAAUGGUGUCAAAAAGCUGCAGAUUUAGGAUCUAUAGAAGCAAAACUAUGUUUAGGAUAUAUGUGUUCUAUUGGUUUCAGUAUAUUACAUUAUGAUCCACAAAAAGCUAAAAAAUGGUAUAAGGAAGUAAUCGAUACAAUUGAAAAAGCAGAAGCAACAGAUAAAAAAGCAACAGAAGAAAAUGCAACAAAUGAAGUAACAGAAAACGCGAGUAAAGAAUUAGUAAGAAUAGCGACUAGAAAUGUGGCAUUGUUGUACCAUAAUAGUUACGUUAUAAAACCUUUUGAAUGGAAAAAUUUUGUUAAAAUAACCAAAUUAAAUGAGUUAACUUUUAAAAAGUUAACUAAACAAAAAUUAGAAUUAGCAAUAAAAUGGUACAAAAAAUCUUGUGAAUUGGGAGAUAGUCAAUCUGCAUAUAAUCUUGGAUUACUUUAUGAGAAUGAUCAAAAAAUUAAAAAUAAAAGUGAAGCAGAGAAAUGGUUUAAGAUGGCCGUGCAAUUUGAUAAUAAUAAUUUAUAUGCAAAAGCUAAACUUGGAAGAAUUUUAAUUAAUAAAGGUAAUUCAGAUGAAAAUGAAAAAAUGGAGGGAAUAGAAAUGUUGAAAUAUGCAGCAGAAAAUGGAUUGGUUAUGGGACAAACAUUUCUUGGUGAAGCUUACGAAAGAGGUCAAAUAGGAGAAAAAAUAAAUGAUAAAGAGGCUAUUAAAUUCUAUUUUAAGGCUGCUAAACAAAAUCGUGGAUAUUAUAGUCAUGUUGCACAACUUCGUCUUAGAGAUUUUCGUGCUUCAAAUAAAAUUCUAGCGGGUGAAGAAGAUAUCGAAAAUGUUAUAAAAAUAUAUGUAGAAGAAUUAAAGUAUUAUUAUGACGGUAAAGAAAAAAUGCUUAAAAAUAUUCAUUGAAGAAUAUAAACUUAUAUAAAUAGUUUUGUACAAAUUUAUUUCUUUAUUAUAUAUUAGUCGAGUAGUUUCAUUAAC